AUGGUCCGUCGCCUAAUUUACUCAAGCGAUGAGGCAAUUGAGAGUGAAUAUGAGAAAGCAUUAGCAGAUGGGAGGGGAACUUCAAAACAAGGCUUUUCCCACAAGAUUUGGGUUGCAGCAGAAUUUUAUAAUUUACUUAUUAAAAAAUUACAAGGAACUACGGCUUUUUACCAAAAGAAAGAAAAGAGGUUCAAUUUUCAAAUUACCCGAAAUCUUGGCACAUUGGACUUAACCUGGGGAGGAAAAGCAAGGACUGCCAACUCAUUAGCUGAUAAAUUCGGUAGAUUAACCAAAGCUUCAGUAUUAAAGAUUGACCUUUUACCAAUGCAAAAAAGAAACACGAAUCGGGACGUUAUCACACUUUUAACUGGUCAAAAAAAACAUCAGAUCAAAAUUGAACCUCUCAAAAAUCAAUUACCAUUUUGA